UGAUAUCUUAUAGAACUUCACACUGAUCCUGGAAACUUUGGCACCACUUAUUCCUAAGUGUGUCCCAUAAUUUCCUCGAACUUUACCAAUGGCUCAGUCAGACUCCUGCCCAAGCCCAGACCUGUCAAAUGGUGGCAUUAUCCACGGCCCACUGGGUAUUUGUUCAGACCUGGAUACCCAGAGAGGAAGAAAGGAUGAGGAGGGAGACAAGGAAGAUGAGGAUGUGGAACUAGCCGAGGAGGUAGGGGAGGAUGUUUUGAUGAUGGCUGGAGCACAGGAGGAUGAAGGAGUAAGCAGUGAGCAUAGUGAAAGGGAGGAAGUAAGGAUUAUCCAAGUGGCCCUGUUACCAAAUGGAGUAAUAAGAGAUGGAGAAGGACGAGGUGAAAGACUGGAGAAAAACUGUGAGGGAGGGGUAGAAGUAAGGGGUGAAGAGCAUGGAAUAAAAGAUGAAAAGACAAGAGAGGAAGAGUCAAAGGCAAUGACUGACAAUCCAUGCCACCUUUUAUUACUGAAGGAGGUUGAGAAAGGUCAAGAGCAGAUAUUAGGCAGCAAUAAAGAAACAGAACACCAGGUACUGACUAGAACUGAUGAUGCAGAGCAUGUUCAGGACUCGGGUACUCUUGUAGAAGGGUCAGAAGAGUGUAUGCAGCCUACUGAUGACACAAAAGACAAAACAGAGGAUGUUACUGUUCCCUCUGAUGGUGAUAUAACUGAUAGUGUUGAGUGUCCACCGAUAGAUGUGGCCACUAAUGCCAUGGGAAUAAAUGAACAAGUCAACAGUCAAAGUCAUGUAUACCAAACCUCAACUGUUAGUGACAAUAGCAUACCCUUUGAUACAAUUGGCACAAUCAAAUUGGUAGCCAAUCAAUUAACCAGUGAGAAUAAAUUAAAAAUGCGAAACAAUGAUGAGGACAACUCAGAAUCCAGCAAACAGGUAUUUGAAUCCAUUAAUCACAAUUACACAUGGCAAGAAGAUGAUUGCAUAGAGGCAAAGGGUGAGGAUGAAGGACCAAAGGAGUUUGUGAAAGAUUCAACGUCCAUUUCUGAUUAUGUUCUAGACAAGGCAACAAAUCAGAAAGUAGAGCAACCAGACUUGGCCAAUGUACGCUCUAAAGAACAGUCUCUGACAGAAGGGAUCGAGGAAACAACAAUGUCAGGGAUCAACCAGAAAAAGCAAGAGCGACAGGUUUGGGUUAAUACUCUAACAAUGAUGGAUGGCGGAGGACAGAGUACAGAAGAGGAGGGGAAGACAGGGGAUAAUGUUGUUAGAGAGUUAAUGGAUGAGACAGAGUGCAGAAGAGGUGAUCUAGAAAUGCAAGAAGAGAAGAUUAUUCAAACUGAAAAACAGGCUAAAGUAGAACCAGUACUGCAGGAUGUGGAGGAGGUACCUGUAGACACACAGCAAGAUGUGGAUUUGGAUGAGGUGGAGGAGGCUUUAGAACUAGAAGAAGGGGGUGAUGUUGAACUUGAUAAACCAGGAGUCAAGGAAACAUUAGAGGAGUCCGCAACAAAGGAGGGAUGUGAUUUGCAAGAACAUCCUUCACAGCUCUUCAAAGAAGCAGGGACAGAUUGGGGAGAAAACUUGAUAGAUCAACUAAGAGAGCAGGCACCUGUAGAAGAUGAGAAGGGAGGUGGAGCAGAAGAAGAAGCAGUAGUGGGAGAGGUGGAUUUGGCAGAAGAGCCUGUGACAGUUUUAGAUGAUGAGAUUGAAGAGAUAGAGGAGAGUCCAAGUACAGAACUUGAAGUACUAAAGCCUGCCACCAUUACAGGCCCUUCUGAAGACACGAUAGACAAGACAAAGUUUGGAGAGUAUCAAGAACUACAAGUAGAGAAGGUAGAACUCUGUAAGAAGAAUGAUAAGGAAACAAAAGAAGGAGAGGUAGUGGCGGACGAGAAACCAAAAGACAACAACAGAGAGGUAGAGUUGGAUAUAAAUGGAAGAGUUAAAGGACUAAAGCAAGCCAUGGAGAAUGGCAUCUUGAGUCCUGAAUCGCAGCUACUCAAGAAAGAAGAAUUGGGGAUGACGAGAGUGCUGUCAUCCAGGAGAAAAGAUAAUGACUGGAUUAAAAAAGAUCAACCAGAGGAAGAGAAUGCACCAGACGUUGAGUGGAAAAAAGAAGUGAAACCUGUGAAAAAAGAUACCUGGGAGUCUGAGAGGGGAAGAAAAGAAUGGGUUAAGAAGGACACAUCAUCUGAAGAGAAAAGUCCACCAAGGAAUGAGGACUGGAUUAAUGAGCUGAAGUCAGUGAUCAAAGACGAAUCCCUGCCCAAAAAGAGGGAUGGACAGGUGAAGAAAAAGAGAGUGGUGCUGCUGGAGGAUGGCCAUUCGUAUUUCCCCCAGCGGGAGGUGAUGAAUGAACAGAGAGAGGAGGUCAAACUGAUCUCCUAUCGGUGGGUGGAGAGCCCCUUCCCUCCUGGGCGUGGGAAAAGAAAAACACCUCUAGACCAGGACUAUGAGAUUGCACUCUUUGUCAAGGCUGGAAGUGAUGGGGAGAGCAUUGGUAACUGUCCAUUCUCUCAGAGACUCUUCAUGAUCCUGUGGCUUAAAGGAGUCAUCUUCAAUGUCACCACUGUUGACCUCAAAAGGAAGCCGGCUGACCUGCAGGACCUUGCCCCAGGAACCAACCCUCCUUUUGUGACCUUUAAUGGCGAGGUCAAGGUUGAUGUCAACAAGAUAGAGGAGUUCCUGGAGGAGAAACUGACCCCACCACGCUACCCCAGACUGGCUCCCAAACAUCCUGAAGCCAACACAGCUGGCAUUGAUGUGUUCGCCAAGUUCUCAGCUUACAUCAAAAACGCACGGAAAGACACCAAUGACGCCUUAGAGAAAGCCUUGCUCAAGUCUCUCCGGCGUCUCGAUGACUUCCUGAGGACUCCCCUGUCUGAGGAGAUAGAUGCUGAUGCCUCAGGAGACCUGCCAGAGUCCUCCAGGAGUUUUCUAGACGGGUCCGAGCUCACCCUGGCCGACUGCAAUCUGCUGCCUAAACUACACAUCCUCAAGGUCGUAGCCAAGAAAUACCGUGACUUUGAGAUCCCAGCGGAGAUGGAAGGGGUGUGGAGGUAUUUAAACUGCGCCUAUCAGAGGGAGGAGUUCACCAGCACCUGCCCCGCUGAGAGGGAGAUCCAAUUUGCCUAUUUGGAUGUUGCAAAACGAAUCAAAUAGGAGGAAGAGCGGGGAAUGAAGGAAUGCAUGGGGGGUAAAUAAAUGAGAUAAAACAGGUUGACCAUGGAGAUAUUUAUCAUGCAUGCCUGUAGGUGGUGCAACAAGUUGAUGAGGGAAAGAAAUCCAACUUGUGUGUUAAUCCUGAUGAAUAUUCAUGAAGAUACAGGGGAGGAGGCUAAAUGACGAACUCCGGGAUGUAGACUAGGCCGAUCCAAACUUAUACAAACAUUUAUUAACUCCUUUUUAAGUUUAAUAUCUCUGCAUCGGCGUGGAUGUGGAACAAUGAUUACUGUUUAUUUGUGUAUGCAUGCAUAUAUGUGUGCGCUCACCGGUUGGGCUGCACAGUCAUAUCUUUAUGCUAAUCAAAAUGAAAAACAAAUAAUUAGAGGUCUUACAUGAUUAAUUUCUGAUUUCUUGUUAUUCUUUUCACUUUUCAGAUGAUGGCAGGGCCAAGUUCACUGCAAAGACUAAAAAAAUAUUAAAACGAACAUGCAUUACUAUUCAGUAUUACUGUAUUAGACCUUUUAGUCAAUGUUUUUGUUUUAGUCAAAGAUUAUCUAACAACUAGGGCGUAGUUAACACUUAUAAAUAAAUGUACACAGGAAUCUGCUUUUGAAUCCUUAAAGAACAUUACAGACACUGUUCUGCCAAGUAGUGCCCCUUAAUGCUAAGAUAAGGUAAUAGCCUGCUAGCUCUAGCUCCAUAUUCAGCUUACAGACGUGAGAAAGUACAAAUGUUUCCCAAAAUUGCUACAUAUUUUGGAGCAACACUCUAAACAUGGCUAAACAUGUUUUAGGACUUACAUAUUUUCCCAAAAAUGUGAGAUUAUUUGUUACAAUUUCAAAGAUUAUUCCAAUUUAUUACAACUUUGUCUUAUAUCCAUAGUCAAAAUAAAAAAUCUGCUAUCAAGGCCUUACCGCUAAAAAAGAAAGUCUGAAAAAAUCGAAAAGUCAGAUGACCAAAGAGUUUGGAAACAGUAAGCAUAGUAAAAUUAUUACCCAAGCUAUUGAUAAAUAAAGUCAUUUGAAUAAUCAGGAUGUUUGGCCUACAACCUGUCUGCUCAGCUGAGUGCUUGUGUUUCUUGACUCGUUGCACUUUGUUGAAAUGAAGAUAAAAACUAGAAAAAAAAAUGAUAACAAAUCAGUAAUAAAUAUAAACAAAUAUAUUUUUAAAGACUGCUUGAGUUCAGUGGACUCUCUUCAUGUUGUGAUCCUGCUUCUCCCAAACUCCCAAACGUGUAUAAAACAUAACCAGAUUCCAUUUUCUUCAUUAGAUAUCUAUUAUAGAUGUCUUCAUGUUAAUGAUGAAUCAUUAGUCCAAUUAAAAUAAAAGUUAAAGCAGUUAGAGCCUUUUCUAUUUGUACAUUUUAUAAAUAGUUCACGUGUACUAUACACAUGUAAUGGGAUUUAUUUACUCAUUGUGAUUUUCUCGGACAUACUUCUUUUGUAUCUGAUUGGCUGAUUGGAGUGUGGGCGGACCCCGGUGCUGAUUGGUUUAACUGAUGAUGACUUUUUGAUUGACAAAUGAUGUAGUUCAAAACACUCAGACCACCACUGUGGUCUAUAAUCCUGUUCCACCUAUUCAAAGUCUUUGGCCUUAUAGCCUCUCUGCGGAG